AUGAACGGCUCUUCUCGUGCGGCUCCCCCACCCCCUCUGAACCUGCAGUCAUCACCACCACCCAACUCCUCCAGCAGGCUCAAGUUCAUCAGAGCCAACACGGCCGACUCUGGACCGGCUUCCCUUGCCAACAGCAAGCGUUCAGCAUCCUACUCGAGCGCAGCGUCCAGUUCCUUCUCGUCAUCGUUUUCCUCUCUCCGCAGGAUCACCACCGGCUUCAUCAAAUCUUCUCCGACAGUCAAUGUCCACACCACCUGUGGUCGUCAUACUGACCAGCUGCUGUUCAGCGGCCCCUCACUGAAAGACCUCGCACGAUCAAUCAGGAAAAGGUUUUGA